AUGUCGACACGUCGUUUUGAAAUAACACCUGUACCCGAAUCGCCUUCUAGUAAUUCAUCAUCUCUACCAGAGAUAAUUCCAUUAAUUCAUAUUGAAAAUGAAAUUCCACCGCCCCCACCACCAAUACCAACUUCUCUUCCAUCAAACAAUGGAAAAACGAAUCGAUUAACAUCAGGUUUAUUUGCUACAAUGUUAAAACGAAAAGCUCUAGAUGCUCGUCGUCGUGUUACACUUGCAUCUGCAUUUGCAUCUAUGGGUCAUCAAAUAAAUAAAAGUUCAUCAGCUGAAAUUCUUCAUAAACAUGAAUCAAUAUCUUCACAUAGUCAAACUAAUCAUGGAUACAAUACUGAAAAUACUGAAUCUGAUGUAUAUUCAACAACACAUUCAAAUAAUUAUGAUUCAAAUCCGUCAAGUAUAACAAAUAAAUUUCUUCAAGAACUUCGUACGAAACGUCGUGAAUUACUUGAAAAACGUAAACAUAUAUCAAUUGAUACACGUAUUGAUUUAAAUCGUCAAUUAAAAAAUCAAAGACAAAUUUUACGUGCACAAGAUAUUUUUGCUGUACAUUUUCAAUUAAAUGAUGAUGAUAAUGACGAUAGUUUAUUAUUAUCAUCAUCACAAACGAAUCUUUAUACAGAAGAAUCUCAAGAAAAAAUUCGUAAUGAAAUUUAUAAUGAAUUAAAUCGUCAACAAAUGAAACAAUACCGUAAACAUAAUCGACAUUUAUUCUUUGGUCGAUCAUUACUAUUGCUUAUGACAUCAUUAUUUGCAUUCAUGAGUUUAACAUUAAUUUAUGUUGUUAUUGAUUUAUAUAAUCGAUCAAAGAAUUUAGAUGCUAAAUUACCAGACUAUCAGUUUCAACCAAUACCUGAUGUAAAACCAUUUACUGUUUCUUAA